UGUGCGUGUCUUGUCUCCCCUGCCAAAAUGUCACGGCGGGACUUGACGUUAGCUGAAAAAAUUGAUUUCCUGGAUCAGAUCAGGCAACAACCACCAAACACUAGUCAGCGUCGGUUGGUUGAAAUUACCGGCUUGGCAAAGACUACAAUUUCGCACUUGUUAAAACAAGAGAAUGAGCUGCGAGAAGAAUGGGCACAAUGUGAAAGACGACGAGGAACUUCUCAAAAACGGAAGCGUGAAGGCAAGGAUCCAGACGUCGAUGAGGCCCUUAAUGAAUGGUUUGCCAUUGUUACUGGACGAGGUGUGCGAGUAAGCGGCCCAAUGUUAAAGUGCAAAGCAGAAGAACUCGCUAAAAAGCUGGGCCACAAUGAUUUCAAAGCUACGGAUGGUUGGUUGUCUCGAUGGAAAUCUAGACAUGACAUAAAAUUCAAGAAAGCACAUGGCGAGAAAGAAAGUGCUGAUGGUGCAGGUGCUGAAAAAUGGAAAUCAACAAAACUUCCCGAGAUUCAUGAAAAAUUCCAAGCAGAUAACAUCUACAAUGCAGAUGAAACCGGGCUGUAUUAUCGUGCCACACCGGACGGCUCCUUAAGUUACAAUCAUGUUGCACUCUCUGGCUCCAAAAAAGUGAUGGAUCGCGUUACUGUCUUGUGCUGCUCAAACAUGUCAGGAACGGACAAGAGGAAGCUGUUGGUUAUAGGAAAAAGUGCCAAGCCUCGCUGCUUUAAGGGACUUAAAAUGGACAGUUUACCAGUUGUGUAUCGUGCGAGUAGAAAUGCGUGGAUGACCUCUGAACUUUUUAAAGAAUGGCUGAAGGAUUGGGACAGAGAGCUACAAUGCCAGUCGAGAAAAGUGUUGCUCCUUCUUGACAAUUGUGCAGCACAUCCUCGUUUACAUUGCUUGAAGAACAUCCAACUGGAAUUUCUACCUCCCAGGACCACAGCUUUGGUGCAGCCAAUGGACAUGGGCAUCAUCAAAAAUUUGAAGAUCUUUUAUCGUGCAAGGUUGGUUAAUUAUGUCCUUGAAGCAACUGAAGAAAAUUUGCUGACCUCAUCGUCAACAGCAACAGAAGUCAGUGCGAAGGUCAACGUCUUACAAGCAGUUACAUUUGUGGCCGAUAGCUGGCGAAAAAUCAGCAGUGAGACAAUUCAGAACUGUUUUUCUCACAGUGGCUUUAGGCAUUUGAUCUUGCAGAUGGAUGUGGACAUGCCGAUUGAGAGUGAAAAGAAUGAUGAAAAUGUGGAACUUCAACAGGUCGAAAAUUACGAAGAAUUUUUAUCUAUCGACAACGAGCUUCACUGCUACGAUAAAAAUGAAGAUUACGAUGCUUCAAUUGUUGCUCGAAUUGUAGCGAAACACAUGACAGCAUCGGAAGACCAGGAAAGUAAUGAUGAUGACCCUAAUGAGUUAGUGCAAGUGACAACACAGGAUGCUAGGAAAUGCAUCGAAAUUUUGUGCCGCUAUUUCAUGCAGGAGGGAAAUGAAGGCAGUCCCAUUGAUACGUUAGAUGUUUGUGGUGAUUUUGUUCAAGUGCAGUGCGUCAACAGAAUGCGUCAGAUCACACUAGACAAGUUCUUCAAACAUUGACUGGAAUUUGGUAAUGUAACCUUUUUUAUUGUGCGUCGCAUGCUGAGUGUCGUGUAGAUCGUUUCGAAGAAUUUGUAGAUUUCUUUUUCAGUAAACAAAGUUGUAAGCAACCGUACGUGUACAUGUACGUAGUUCUUGUUUGUACGUUCGCCAUACACGUGUGCAGCACAAUAAAAGUCAUAAUGACAUUUUAAUAUGUUACUUAUAGCACGUCCCAUCUUGGUUGCACAUGUAUAGGGCAUGUUUGUGUAAUCAGACCAACC